AUGAAUUUGAAAAGUUUUAUUACAUGGAUUUACAACAAAGGGAUCAAUUAUAAUCUAUUUAUGUUGAAAGACGAUGAAUACGAUGAUGAUGAAAAUCUUUCAGAUCCACAUCUGAUUGUGAAAUAUCAAAAAUAUAAAACUCGGUUUUAUAUUCUUCUUCUGACAGAAAAUCCAGGAAAUCCAUGUUUCGGGUCCGACGAGAUCCGACGUGGGAUCCGAUCGGAUCCGAGACCGUCGGAAUCCAAUGCGAUUCCGUCACCAGGAUUUCAUCGGAUCCGUCGAAUUCCUGUAGGAUCCGAUAAAAUUCUGUAUUGGAUCCGAUGGGAUCCGGUGGGAUCCGAGUAUGGGAUUGUUCGACCUGGGAGGCUCCUUCGUGCUAGCUUCACACCGAUAUCGAACAUCAGAUUUCCAAUAUACGUUAAACUUUACGAUCGACAUCAUCAGACACUCCUAUGUCCAUGUUCAACUAUCACCACUCCUUACCAGAAUUUUACUUCGAAUAAUGUCACAACACAUCCAGUCUGUUCAAGUAUUUUUAUUAGUGAAGAAUGGAUCACAAAGUUAUAUUUUGAAAAUGCAAGUGAAUAUGGUGUGUGGGAUUUUCGAACAACAGCCUAUUCACAAUUUGAAUUGUUGUCGAGGUUUUGUUCUCUUUCGAAACAAAUCAUUUCUCAGAUUUUAAUUGAUGUGAAUAACACUGAACUCGUUAGUCUUUAUCUUCAUUCUAAAAAGCAAAUUGAGAUUGAAAUUGAUGGUACAACUGAACAUCUGAAGAAUAGCGCAAUAUCCCGAAUGAUGACCUUUUUUGAUUAUCUGAAAAAUACAAGUGACAAGCAUUAUUUUAUCACAGCUCUCAACACAAAUUUCAUAAUUUUAGUAAAUAAUAAUACGAAUAAAUAUCUUUCUUUUGAAGGACACGAAAUAAAGAAAAAAUAUAACCUGCGACCAUCAUGCGAUAAUUUAAUGCUGUUAAUCAAUGCCACGCUUAGUCCACUACCAUUCAACAUGACUGUAUAUCGCAGAAGAAUUGAAUUAUAUCCAAUGUCUGAUUCAACCAUCGUCAAUGGUUUCCUCACAGGAUGUACACCUCUUAGUGCACUUCUCCAAAGUACAUUAGAUUGUCUUUACAAAGUGCAAUGUCUUCAGUUAUUACUCAACUAUUUUCCAAAAUUAACACAACUUAAUUUCGAUCCGAAUAACUCGGCUUUAUUUUCUCAAGAUGAGAGAAUACCUAUUCAUCAAUAUUUGAAUACUCUUUUCAUAAUAAACUGGUCAAGACAGAUUGAUUAUGAGAAAUAUUUUCAACUGUGUUCUCCAUCUUCAUGUUCAUAUUCGAAAACAGAACGAACAGAACUAGUCUAUGCGAUUACACUUUUCAUCAGUCUCUAUGGCGGUCUCACCAUUGUUCUUCGUCUCAUUGCAUCAUUUUUUGUUGAUGUCAUCAAAAAAUGGAAAUGUUGGUCAAAAAAGAGAAAUGACAAUCCAACAGAACAACGAGCCAAGAAGUGGAAAUUGGUUGAAACAAUGAGACACAUGAAUUUGUUUAAAGAUAUCAAUGAUCGAACGGAACAUGGUGUUAGACAACAGAAGAUUACCACACGUGUUUACCUAGCUUUAUUGUUUGGUUUAAUCUGUACUAUUUGUUUGUUCACAUCAUUGAAUAGUGAACUGAUGACAAUAAUCGAAAUAGAUCCAUCAGUCACAACUUACCAUUCUUUGCAAAGUUCUCAUGUCGAUUCACUUCAAUGUCCAUGUUCGAAGAAGGCAACAUCUUAUGGAAGUUUUCUAUCAUUAUCUCCACGUUUCCAUCAAAUAUGUUCGAGCGGUUUCAUUCAUGGCAGCUGGAUAAAUAUGUUGGACAGUUAUAAAUAUGAUUUCUCUUUCAAUGAUUGGCGAUAUCGUCUAUAUUUACAAUUUCAGUUUUUGUCUAAUUUUUGUUACUUAGCCAACAAGACGGUCAAUGAUGCUAUAGGUCGAUAUCUUUCACAACUAUUUAUUGUUUCGUCUGUGAUGAACGAAACUGAUCUCAACAAACAAAUCAAUGGAAGUCUUAAUCAGUUUUAUCAAUCAAUAGUGUUUAGUUUUUCUGUGAUGACAGAUGUUUUACAACUGUGGAUGCAGAUAGAUCAGCUAUAUAUGGUACCAGUGAGGAAACACAAUGGAAUGUCUUAUGACGUUAAUUUAAUGAAUAAUGUUUUGACAAAGGACAUCGAUGUCAAUCAACAACUCAAGUUCCACUUUCGGUUGAAUCAACUCCAAGAAAUUAAUUCAACGACGACCAAAUGUAUCUGUGCUAUCGACCCGUAUUGUCAAGUACCAGCUGUUAUAUAUGAAUCUUCCUCCAUACAUGGGACUAGUUCUGGUAGCAAUCUACUUCUUUACGUACCAGGCUGGAUUCAACGGUGUCUUGCUGUUGAUUCUCUUCUAUUUUCAUCGCUCGAAUGUUUUUAUGAGAAUUCCGCUUGUUUUCCAUCAUUAUUAGUUAUUCUUUCUUUCAGGUAUCAAUACCCAUCUGAUCUUGUCUCAAUCGUUUAUGAUCCAACAACAACUCGAUUCUCUCGGCAGGCAAAUAUUUCCACUAUGUUUAAAGAGAUGAUGAUCGAACAAUGGCAUUCUUCAAUAUCUUAUCAGUCAUUCUAUGACGCAUGUGCACCUACUUUUUGUACCUAUUCUCAGAAGAUGCACACAAAAAACUUUUUCGAGAUAAUCAUAACAUUACUAUCAAUGGUUGGUGGUAUGACACUAUCACUCAAAAUUCUCACGCCUAGUCUUAUCACAGUGGUUAUUCGAUUGUUAACAAUGAUUAGGAAAGGUAGACAAAGACAGGAGCAAAUCCAUCGAAGUUCUUUUAAUCGAAUAAAGAUCAGUAUACAAAAUGGAACCAAGUUUUUGUCAACAAAACUACUUGACUUGAAUAUCUUUGCUUCAUCUGAUUUUGGAAGCAAUGUUGAUCCACUGGCAGCUAAAAACUAUGGCCGAUGGGCAACUCGUCUUUACGUCAUCUUAUUUCUUAGCAGUUUCAUCAUUCUCACCUUCUAUACAAUUAUUCAAUCACAUGUUGUGACAACAACAUUCACUCAACCCUUAUUUGAUAUUUAUGAAGGAUUACAAGAAAAUUAUGGCAAGCAACUCAAAUGUUUAUGUUCACAGAUUGCAUCAACAUACAAUGAGUUUGUCGUAAUAACACCAGAAUUUCAUCCAAUUUGUUCAAGCGAAUUCGUACAAGAAGAAUGGUAUAUGCAGAUAAUAAAUGGUCUUGCAUUGAACGUCUCUGCUUAUUCACCCAAUGAUUAUCGUCGAUUUCUUUCUUCUCAUCUUCUAUAUCUUCAAAAAUUGUGUCAAAUCUCACAAGAUUCAGCUAGCAAUGCGAUCAAUGAAUUUCUCACAUCAUUGUUAGUCACUACUGAACUUCUUUCUCAACAAGAUUUUCAUCGUCGUAUCAACAUCACAAUUCAACAAAGUGAACUCAAUGCUCCCAUUCUCUUAUCUCGAUUUCUCUUCAUCAUUCAAAGUGUCGUUCAUGGAAAUGCUUAUAUGACAACAUAUGAAACUAAUUUUCGAUAUUUUACUCGCUUUUAUGAUAUUAAUGAAAAUUAUGUUUUUACAGAUGCAAUGAUCUAUGAUGAUAAUUGUUCAUGUGGACUAUCUCCAAGCUGUACAACUCAAGCAACUCUCAUUGAAAAUAAUUCUUCAAACAUAAUUACACUUAUCGGACUGAAAAUGGGAUGUUUACCAAGUGAAUCUUUUCAUUUCUCAACUCUCGAAUGUUUUCAUAAUCAAUCGUGUGUUGAUCUUCUUCAUCAAUAUAUAAAUUAUCCAAACAUUUCCAUUCCUCGUUCUAUCACAUCAAAUCACUUUCCAUCAAACACAACUAUUCAUGAAUUGAUAACAUAUGCAUUUACUGAACAAUGGAAAACACAAACGAACUAUUCAAAAUACUAUCAUCAAUGUUUACCCUCCUCAUGUUCAUACACCUACACUAAAAAGUUCGAUAUCUUGUACAUCAUGACACUUUUUCUUAGUCUUCAAGGUGGUUUAACGUUAGUUCUGGAAUGGAUCUGUCCAAAACUGAUUCUAACUGUAGUAAAAAUGUCUGAAUAUUAUCGUAGAAAACACAGAAUAUCAAUCCAUCCGAUGCAUUCACUUUCAAUCACAUCAGAUCGUCUCGAAUGCAUUGCUGAUCUUCAAACAUCCAAACGAACAACUGUUUCAUCAACUUGGCGUUAUUCGAAACUAAUCUUGUUAGUUGUUUCAUUGAUAUUACUGUUGAUCAGUAUUGUGAUAUUUUCCGUUUAUUAUGCGAGAAAAGUUUCAUUGAUGGAUGAAACACUAGAUCGAAACGAAAGUACAACAAGUACAACGACGUCCACAUCUUCGACUGUAACAAAAACAUUUUGUCGAGAUAAGUUUCAGCUGGUAUCAACCAACAUUUCUUGUCGGGAUCGCAUCGUGGAACGGUUUACUGUGACAAGUGGCGACUUCAACAAUGAUAAACGAAUAGAUCUUGUAUAUUCUUGUAAAUCUGGUAGAAAUGAGAAGAUGGUGGUAUCGCUCAAUAAUGGAAACGGAACAUUUUCUGAUUCUAUGACCUUCGUCUUGCCGAGAUAUCAUUGGGUAAAAUAUAUUUAUAUUGCUGAUGUUAAUAAUGACAAUCGAUCUGAUAUACUUUUAAUAACGCAAAUCACUGGUAUGCAGGUAAAGUUGAUGGUAUUAUUAGGGAAUGGCAAUGGAACUUUUCAAAAUUCGACGAUGUUGUCGUUUGGUGGUAUUGGUAAAAUGAUUACAGCCCAUAUCGCCGACUUGAAUAAUGAUAAUCGAUUUGAUGUGUUUCUAGCAGAGAAGUUUAGUGAGAAGAUAAUGUUAACCACUGUAUUAGGCUGUGGUGAUGGUACAUUUCAAACACAGCCUGUAAUAUCGUCUAUGGUAUUUAGAAGCGAUAUAGCUGAAAUGAUGCUACUUGAUGUUAAUAAGGAUACUGUGUUGGACAUCGUUGUGCGUUAUGUUUCGUUUAAGAAUAUUCAUAUAAUGUUUGGACAGAAUAAUGGAAGUUUUUCACCCGAAGUUUCAUUAAUGAAAAACGAACUGAUAUCAGGACCGUUAUCUGUUAUCGAUAGUAACAAUGAUGGCUAUCUGGAUAUUGUUCUAUACAGUAUCGAAUCUUUGCAUAUCCAUGUUUUUUUUGGAAGUGCAAAUGGAACAUUUGAAAUGCAAACACCAUUCUUCACCAAUUUUGCCUCCUCUAAUAAAUAUCUAAUAACUGGCGGCUUUAAUAGUAACAAUCAAUCUGACAUUGUCGUUGUUUACAGUGGGGAAGAUGUUGAAUGUAUAGUCUACAAUUAUAUUAAUGGUAGUUUUCAAGGGAAUGAGAGAAAUAUUAUAAAAUCACUUGGAAUAAUACAUAAAAUUGUUGUGUGUGAUAUAAAUAAUGAUAGUCAUUUGGAUAUUGUUGUUUACAGUCAUCCAACUUACACUAUCGAUAUAUUGUUUGGAGAUGGAAACAAUCGAUUUUCUGCACAAAUGAUUUAUUCGAAUGAGGACUAUCUCGAUUGGUUUGAUGUUCUCGACCUGAAUAAUGAUAAUCACGGAGAUAUAGUCACUAUUAAUAGACCAACGAUGCUUAUUAACGUUCUGUUAUAUAAACGUGAAUGCUCUAUCUACUGA